GUUGACCACGACGCACAGUAUUUCCCGUUGGUGGUCUUCGCUUUUUCUCUCUUUCCCCUGCCGUGACAAUUCUUUUGUCGCCGCCCUCGUUUUCCUGCCGUUGUGUGUGGGAAUUCUGGAUGUGGGAUUAUUCUCGAGCGUGUGCCUUCUGCCGUAACACGCCUCUUGACAUCGCCUAGAAGUUGUCACUAGCUCCAGCGAUCUCUAUUUUGCGAGCAUCGUCCUCCUUUCCUCCCUCGUCUUUCGAUAAUUCCCAAUCUCUUCGUCCUUUCCCCAUCUCGACCGACCCGCCUGUCUAAUGAGCUCGAUCCCUCAGAAGUCCGGCCAACCUCAAGGACAGAGUACCGCAGCUCAGGCCGCCUCGCACUCUUCCACCCCUUCGCUCAGUGGGAAAACCUCGCCUCAGGCGCCGGUUCCCGCUCCGACCUCGACCUCGACCGCGGUGCCUCGUUCCUACGCAAACGCGACUAAGAAGUCCGCGACGGACUCUACCGCCGCCGCUCCCGUCACCGUGGGUGGCUCAUCGCAACAUGGGAAGUCGACCUCAACUUCUGUGAGCGGCAAACCCAUGCAGCAACCUUCAAACCCGACCAUUGUGAAUGGCGCCCCGGCCUCUGGUGUGCCUCAAGGCGACCACUCAAAGAAGCCCUCGGUUACCAUCACCGCAGACUACAACCCUAGCACUAGGGCGCAGACAGGUCGCCCCAACAGCCUCCAGUUUGGCUUCGCCAACACCCAGUCCUCGCCGAACAUGGGCAAUCCUGCCGCUUUGGCCAACCAGCCCCAGUCGGGCCUGGGUGUCACGCCUCCGAUGAACCCUCGUGCGACCUCACCGCAAACUUCGCCUUCUCCUAUUCCUCAGCCUGCUUCGAGUGGUGGCCGCCCACCGCCAUCUUCAUAUCAGGCUCAGGUUAACUUUGGCAGCUUCGGAAAUGCAGGUGACAAUGCCCAGGCUCCCCUUGCCGCCGGCCCUCAGUCGACGCAUCUGCGCCGCGAGUCUUCUCAGUCAACGCACAGUGACAUGAGCAACCAUAUGGGAGGUGGUCCUGGCCGUGGUGGUUUCUACCAUCAGGGUGGCCGUGGCCGUGGUCAUUCGCAGUCCAGCCAUCAAGGCCCGGUAGCGUUCUCGCCUACUCCCGGUUUCCGUCAACCCAGUCAGCCCCGAGGCGGCCAUAACAUGGGGCCUCAGUUCCACUCAAACCAAGGACGACCCAUGCCUGGAUUCCCUUCUCCGCAAGCCAGCCGCAGCCCGGCCUUGGCCAACGCGCACCCAGUGACACCCCAAAUGAGCCAGGUCCCAAUGACUCAUGCACAGAUGCCUACUCAGCCCUACGGUGCUUAUCCUCAACAUAUGGGACCCCAACCAGUGAGACCACCCCACCCUUAUUCCCAGAAGCCCCCGCGCCGUGGUCUAUAUAACAAAAGGAAACAAGGGCCCCGCGGGUUUAACUCCCGGCACUCAAACCUUCCUCACCCCCAAGUUCACCAUUCUUUUCCUCCCCCAACUCUGGCCUCCCCAAAUCUAGCUCCAGAGAGUGGUCAAUUUGAGCACUAUCUAACGCUGAUGAAACAUAACCAGGGCUACCCCUACGCCGACCCCAACUACGGAUACUACCCGAACUAUCAAUAUAUGGCCCCCCCCUCGCCGCAACCCGGCCCUCGCAUGCCCUAUAACCAGUCGCCGUACAUGCAGAACCAAUACCCUGUCCCUCAAGCAGUGCCGCAGGCAACCGGUCUGUCGCGAACUCCCUCACAGGUGUCUGACCGCCCUGGCUCUAGCUUAGGACAGAACGCGCCGUCUGCUGUUCCCUCCACGCCUGGCCACACGCACACCCCUAGCCGCUCUUCGAAUACUUCUGCCGGGGGCAAGGCCCCUGCGUUUGUCAUUCCCCAGCCAGCCAGGAAAGCCAUUACUAUUCGUGAUCCUGAUAGCGGCAAUGUGAAGACAUUUGAAAAGACGCCAGCUUCCCCGGCGCGCGCCACGCCUUCUCCCGUCAAAGCUGCGACACCGACUCCCACUCCCCCGCCGCGAACUGGUAGCAGCACAGAUCACACUCGUUCUACGUCCGUCUCAGCUAAGACUGCCGCUGAAAAGAAACAGGAACUGAAGGACGCUGUUCUCCAGAAGAUGGCGCAAGAUCAAGAGGCUGAGGCACGCCGUAAAGCGGAAGAGGAAGAGGCAGCUAAGCGUAAGAAGGAGGAAGAAGAAGAAGAGGCUGCCAAGAAGAAGCAAGAUGAAGAGGAAGCGCGCCAGAAGAAGGAGGAGCAGGAAAAGGCUGCUAAGAAGCAGGCUGCUGAUGAAGAGGCUGCUCGCAAGGGUGUCGAGGACCUGAGCAUCAAAGAGAAGAAAGAUGACGCUCCUACUGAGGAAACAGCGAAGCCUUCCGAACCCGCUCCCGCGCCUGCUGAUGACGAUGAGAUUGACUAUGAUGCUAUCGAACGCGAGAUGGCUGAGCUUGAGGCCAAGGAAGCCGCUGCCGAAGCCGCUUAUUACGCGAGGAAGCAGGCUGAGAAGGAAGAGAAGGAGCGCAAAGAGAGGGAGGAGCGGGAAGCCUACGAGGCUAACAUGAAGCAGGCCGAGCGUGAGGCCGAGGCUCUCGAGGAGGCCAAACAGAAGAAGCGUGAGGCUGGCGAAGAGGCGAGCAACAAGGACUUGUUUGCCUCAUUAAAGAAGGGGGGAUUCUCUGCGACAGAAAUUAGCACUCCGGCUGACAGCGGUACUGUUACUCCUUCCUCCGACACCUCCAUGCCACCCCCCGCCAAACCUGCCAGCGCAGCCGGCAAACCUAAGCCUGCUGCACUCAAGUUGGAAACCAACAAGCCUGUUGAGCCUGCCCAGCCCACGGCUGGUAUGAAAGCUCUCAAUUCCGCUCGGUUUGUUGACGACCUCAGCAAGAUUUCCUACCCUGAGUCAAUUGCUUCUCCAAACCCUGCCCUCAAUGCAAACGCCCCUGCGGACCGCAAGUUUCAUUACAACAAGGAGUUCUUGCUGCAAUUCCAGUCCGUGUUCAAGGAGAAACCCUCCGUCGACUGGGACGUGCGAGUACGUGAGACUGUCGGCGAUAAUGACUCAUCCCGUCCUCAAUCUGCCCGCACUCCGGCGUCGCGUAACCCGUCUCGUGGGGGGCCUACUUCAGAUUUCCAGAUGGGCGCCUUUGGUGCACCAUCCCGUUUGCCUCCAGGCACCACGUCUGAAAUGCGGUUUGCGUUAUCCAACUCACGCCCUGCAUCCAUAGGCAGCGCAUUCUCAUUCCCACGAAUGGGCAUGGGCAGUGGUGUUACUCCGCUCAGUCGCAGCAACUCUUCUCAACCCAUGUCGCCUCGUGCAGGUUCGGGCAGGUCUAACACCCGCACAGGCAGCAAGCGCGAGAAGCAGCAGGCAAAGAAAGAGGAGGAUAUGGCCAAGUCCAUGCCCCUCACAGCCGGAAAGGAGGUCCCGGGUCUGCAAGUUUCUGCCACUGGAUGGAAACCUCGCAGUAUUGGCCAGGCUGCCGCUGCUUCUGGUCCUACACCUGGUGGCCACCUUCCCCCGGAUGUUGUUCAGCGUAAGGUCAAGGCCGCUCUAAAUAAGAUGACGCCGGAAAACUUCCCGCGUAUAUCCAGUCAGAUUCUGGAGAUUGUCUCCCAAUCCAAGGAUGAGUCUGACGGACGUACGCUCCGACAAGUCAUUCAACUUACAUUCGAGAAGGCCACCGAUGAGGCACACUGGGCUUCCAUCUACGCCAAGUUCUGCAAGACUAUGUUGGAGAGCAUGAGCAUGGAUAUUAAGGAUGAGAACAUCAAGGACAAGAACGGCAAUGUUGUGGCCGGUGGUAGUCUGUUCCGGAAGUACCUUCUCAACCGUUGUCAAGAAGAAUUCGAGCGCGGUUGGAAGGUCAACCUCCCUCCUAAGCCUGAGGGUGUCACGGAGGAAGCGGCUAUGAUGUCCGACGAAUACUACGCUGCUGCUGCUGCCAAACGUCGUGGUCUGGGUCUCGUCAAGUUCAUUGGUGAAUUGUUCAAGCUGGGCAUGUUGACGGAGCGUAUCAUGCAUAUGUGUAUCAAGAAGCUUGUUGAUUAUGAGGGCACUCCAGACGAAGCUGAGGUCGAGAGUUUGACAAGUCUUCUGCGCACCAUUGGUGCUGCCUUGGAUUCUCCCGACAAUGAGCAGAACCGUAAAUUUAUGGACGCCUACUUCCAACGCAUCAACCUCAUGGUUCAGACUCCGAACUUGCCUAGUCGUCUGAAGUUUAUGCUAAUGGAUAUUAUCGAUCUGCGUAAUGCUCGCUGGGUCUCGAAGGAUGCUGACAAAGGUCCUAAGACCAUCCAGCAAAUUCGUGAGGAGGCUGCUCGUGCGCAACAGGAGGCCGAGAUGGAACGUCAGCGCCAGCAAGCCAGCCGCGGAGGAGGUGGACGCGCCGCCAUGGGACGUGGUGAUGCCCGUAGCUACUCGUCUGGAUACGGACAGGUACCCCCGCCGGAUUACGCGUCUAGCAAAGUUGGCAGUGAUGACCUCCGCCGACUUCGCACCACCCGCAACACCAACCAGCCUAUGUCUUUUGGGCCUUCUAGUAUGCUCGGCUCCCGCAGCAACAGUGGACGUAAGAACCUCGGCCCUGGUGGCAAUUUGGUUCGUGGCAGCGACGACAGUGGUGCCAGCAGCCGGACUGGGACACCCCCUGCCGGUAAGAAGGAAGACAAGGAGGCUGCAUCCUCCAUCAACGCUUUCAGUGCUCUGGCCCAAUUGCAAGAUCAGGACAACAUGGCCACCUCUCCCCCUUCAAACCCUACCUCGCCCAUGCUGACAAAAUCACAACCCGCUGUUGAGCGCCGACCUUCGGCAACACCCUCCAAGGAUGGCGAAGAAGCAUCAUAGAUCGUUUGUUCUUUGGCAAUGAUAAUGAAAAUGAUUCCGUUCUUCUGUUCUGGAAAGACCCUAUUUUAUUCUCUUCCAUCCCAUUAUUUCUCUAUUUUCUUUUUUGAGACACUCAGCCGACAUGGUCGUCUUGUCAUUUGAACUUACUUAACCCACCUAAUCUUCUUCGCCCACGCACGAUUACGACGUCACAGACGCGAGAAAGGUCGGUCUCGAUCGCUCAUUUCCUUCUUUGUUCGGCAUGGUAUUAUAGAGAGGGGUCAAUUCUUCCCAGUUUCUAUCUACAUUUCGAUUGUACAAUUUCUUGCGUUCUGUUGUUACGAUUUGGAGAUGUGGAUACACGAGAGAGCAAAAAGCAUGGCGAGCAAGAGGCCUGUACCUAAAGGGUGGGCAUGGGUAAAAGUGCAUUCCAGGCAUUGUCCAGCGAGGUAGGUAGGAAAAGACCAUUC